ACACACACACACACACACACAUAAACACACACACACACAUAAACACACACACACACACACUCCUGCACCAUAUAAUCAGACUGAGUUUCCCACCCACCCUGCGGUACAACACAAAGAGCUGACGACCCUCCCCCCAUCCUCCCUCUGCUCUCCCAUUGGCUGUGAGGUGUGGAUGCUGGCAGUGUUUGGGACCAAUCAGACGUCUCCAUGGUGAUGUCAUGGAGGCAGCGUUGAUGCUGUUGCUGAUGCUGUUGCCCGGCGCCUGUAUCCUUGCAGCCAGACGGGGGUAACCGCCGUAGUCACGGGUCCACCACCACCACCACCACCAUCAGCAGAGACGACAGGGACCGAGGGGGUGUUCGUUCUUCAGCAUCCGUGGACAGUUCCAUACGCAGUGAGAAGAAGAUGACUCUGGCAGCCUACAAAGAGAAGGUCAAAGAGCUCCCCCUGGUGUCUCUGUUCUGUUCCUGCCUCAACCCACAGAUCGCAGAAAAACCUACAUACAAGGCAGAAGAUGCCGUGGACCUGGGCUGGUGCGUCAUUAAAGAUGUGGAGGUCAUCGAGCUGAACAAACGGGCGUCGGGCCAAGCCUUCGAGGUCAUCCUCAAGCCCCCGUCCUUUGACGGCGUGCCAGAACUCAACACCUCCAUGCCGCAGCGCCGCGACCCAUCCCUGGAGGAGAUCCAGAAGAAACUGGAAGCUGCCGAGGAAAGGCGAAAGUGUCAGGAGGCGGAGCUUCUGAAGCACCUGGCUGAGAAGAGGGAGCACGAGCGUGAGGUGAUCCAGAAAGCCUUUGAGGAGAACAACAACUUCAUCAAGAACGCCAAGGAGAAGCUGGAACAGAAGAUGGAGGCCAACAAGGAGAACAGGGAGGCCCUGCUGGCAGCCAUGUUGGAGAGGCUGCAGGAGAAGGACAAACACGCAGAAGAAGUGAGGAAGAACAAGGAACUGAAGGAGGAAGCCUGUCGGUAGACGAGUGGAGCUGAGGAAGAAGGAAGAAGAAACAGAGAGAGUGGGACUGGGACUGGGGGGGUUCAGUUCUUUUCUUUUCUUUUGGAGUUGUUAAAAAAAAAAAAAAGAAAAUCAAAACAGUGCAGGCAAAAAAAAGAACUCAAAAGCAGCCCAAACAAAAGGAAAGUUUUCAUAUUUGAUGUACGCUGUUACAAAUUCUGAGCAAAGUGUACAAAGUUUAGCCAAGAAAUGUGUGUCUUUUUCUAAGGAAAGUGGUAGGGUGGGUAGGUGGGGGGUGGGGGGGCAAUAACACCAAUAUUUCAUAGUGUUUGUGCAUCAAGAGGAGGUAAAAAGUGUAAAUUACAGCCAUCGGAUUUCUGCAAAUUCUUCAUUAUGAAAGCAGGAACUGAAAUAACCAGGUGAAUUAAAAGAAGUAAAGGUAGGAUGUUGUAAAUUCUGUAGACGGUAAAAAAGGUUUGAAUACAAGCAGAAACACAGACGUAGUUUAGAAGCUCAGCCGCUAAAAAACAGAACCUCAACUACAGCUCCUAUAAGACUCUUUCAUCAUUGAUUUACAGGGUGUUUAUUUACCGUCACCACAAGCAUUUUUGCUGUUUUCCUCCAAUAAAAACCAGACCUGAUUUCCCAGGGUCCUCUGUUCUCGCACUAAUUCUCUGCCUCACCGUGUUGGGGAAUAUCUGGGGGCGUCUCUUGUGUUUUGUUCAACUCAGUGAUUCUUGUUUAAAGGCUUAUGAAUAUGAAACGAAGAGUCAGGCUUUUGUUUCUUUCACUGUAGGGAGAAAAGUAAAAAGAAAAAAAAAAAAAAAGAGAAUAAAAAGCUUGAAAAGUGCGGAGCUGUGCUGUAUUCUGCCGUUUCCAGGCUCUGUGUGUGAACCGUAGCGUAGUCGUAGAUCAGUGUCAGGUAGAAUUAGAGCACUGAUUGCACUGUUUUUUUCAUUAAGCACAACCCAAAAGCACAGGAAGGACAGCGAAUAUCCACAACAGGAACUUUACAAAGAGGCAAAAUAACGAGCAUCAGUUCAGAAAUGGGAUGCAUUUGGGAUGAGCUUG